AACAAACAAAAAAACAAUGAAAAAAUCCUUUGGUUUAAAUUUUUCCCACACAACUUUCAUAUUGAUCAUGUUGAUGAUGCAAAAUAUUGACCAUUGGUCAUCUCCAUCACCCUCAUCAACUGCAAAUGUUAUGGCACAGCCAUUGGAUAACAUCGAUAAUCGCUUCAAUGAUAUUGAUGAUAAUGGUGGUGAUAUCGUUCAAUCCAGAAUCAAAACCAAAACAAAAACAAAAACAACCAAUGAUAAAUGUGAAAUAGAAAUAAUAACUAGCGGUAAUUGUUUGGUAAAUAAUAACCCGGUAAAACCGAAAAUAAUACUGCAUUUAAAGAAUCGACCAUCAUCAUUACAAUCACCAAUGGAAAAAAUGCAACAAAAAAUUGAAGAAGAACAACGAAAGCAACAACAACAAAAUCAUCAAUCAUCAGAUGAAUAUAAACAACAAAUUUUAUUUGAAUUUUCAUUACAACUAAUAAAACAUAUGAAAUAUGAAUUUGGUAAUCAAUUAAAACCAUUGAUUAUCGAUCAAAUACAAACAAUUCAAUUACGUAAUUAUGGUGUUGGUGAUAUUUAUGAUUUAAAAAUUUAUGGCUUGGAUGAAAUCGUACCGAUAAAAGAAUCAAUUCAAAUGUUAAAUUCACUAGAAUCAUCAAUAUGGACAUUUAAUCAAACAUUUUAUGUAAUGAAUAUUACAGCAAAUUUUCAAGCUGAUAUUAAUAUGGAUGAAAAAUUUUUUAUUAAACAAUGGAAUCUUGCUGUUCAAAUUGAACAAUGUAAAUUUCAUUCACAAUUUGUAUUGGAUUUUAAUCAACAGCGAUUGUUUACGAAUUCAUUGCGAAUAAAAUCCUUUGAAAAUUUUCGUUUAAUAUCCGAAUCACUGACAUGGCCAUUCAAUGAAAUUGUUUCGAUGAUUGUCCGAAAAGAGAAACAUUUUAUCCGACAAAUUAUUGAAGAAUAUUCGGAAAAAUAUUUAAAUAUGACAUUGAAUAAUACUGUGGAUAUGAAUUCUAUACUAGAAAAAAUUUUUAAUAAUAAU